AUGCAUCAAGCGAAAAACAUUCUGCUUCUCAUAGCUGACGACUUGGGCCGUGACCAAAUGAGCUGCUACGGUUGCAAAGCUAUUAGAACACCUAACCUAGAUGCGCUCUCAACAUCUGGAACAAAAUUCGACAUGGCUUUCACAAGCACGGCAUCUUGCAGCGGAAGCCGAACCGUCAUAUACACGGGUUUGCAUACGCACGAAACCGGGAGCUAUGGACUCAACCUAGAAAGAAACGGAUUCCAGACAUUUUCCAACGUCGAAACUGCACCUGAAGAAUUUAACAGACUGGGCUACAAAACUGGCAUUUUAGGGAAAGUUCAUGUCAGCCCCGAGAGUUCAUAUCCUUGGCAGGUUCGCGAGGAGAGCGGGUCGAGAAACGUCGCCUACAUCGCUGAUAGAGCCGCUGAUUUCUUCCAUGAGGCUGUGUCCGAAAACAAGCCUUUUUUUCUCACAAUCGGAUUUGUCGACCCUCAUCGACACAUCGGUACCCGCGGAGGCUUCGGAAACGUUGACGGAAAUUACGAUCAGAGAUUGCAAGAUCAAAUUUACCAACCGGAAGCUGUCGAGGUACCACCGUUUUUGAGCGAUGUUCCAGAAGUUCGACAAGAACUGGUGGAGUACUACCGUGCAAUCAAUCGGAUGGAUCAUGGAGUCGGCCUCAUCCUAGAGGCCCUAGAUGCUGCCAAUCUCCGGGACGACACUCUUGUUUUGUUUCUAAGCGAUAACGGACCGCCAUUUAUCAACUCCAAAACAACCCUGUUCGAGGCAGGUGUGCGUCUUCCGUUUUUGUUGCGGGCUCCGGGUCUCGGUGCAGCUGGCGUAGUCAACCCCAACCUGGUCUCGUACGUAGACAUAUUGCCCACGCUACUUGAUUGGGCCGGGCAUGGCAAUGUUUCCGUGCCCCAGGGAAAGAUCAUUCGGCGAGGAAGAUCAAUACUUCCAAUUCUCGACCAAGACAAACCAGAGCCUUCUUGGGACCACGUUUUUGGCUCCCAUACAUUUCAUGAGAUCACAAAUUACUGGCCGACCAGAUACAUGAGGAACAGACGAUACAAGUAUCAUAGGAAUGUUUGUUGGAAGCUCGACUUUCCCUUUGCCAUGGAUCUGUAUGCUUCACUUUCGUUUGAGGGGAUGCGAAAUACGUCUCCCCCAAUGAUUGGUGGGCGGAAAUUGAAAGAUUAUAUCCAGCGUCCGCCCGAGGAACUCUACAACCUAGUAGACGAUCCUAACGAGUUGGAAAACCUGGCGCAAAAGUCUGAGUAUGAGAGUGUCUUAAAGGAAAUGCGACAAUCCCUUGAAAACUGGCAGAGGGAAACUGGAGAUCUCUGGCUUUGGCGAGAUGGCACCUCCGUCAUUCGAUAUCAGUUUGCUGGAUACGCCCGCGAGGGACUUCGUAUUCCCGAUCGGUUUGACUUUGAUGUGGACAAGCCGGGCAAUGAGAACGUGGAACAUAUUCGUCUGUAA